CAUGAAAUUAUGCUUCUUUUAUAAUCUGCUGAAAGCAGAGAAGUUAAUGGUUUUGAAACUGAGAGAGAGAGGAACGCAAACUUGGAAAUUUCGUAUAGUUAUCCUUAUAUUUCAAGAUUACAGAAGUAAUCAUGUGACAUUGAAACAUAUAUAAAGAAACCUGAGCGACAAGAUGUCUGUGACAAUUUCAAACAUCACGUCAAUUGUGACGUCAUCAAUGAACACAACCGAAAGAAUAAAUACGACAUCGGUUACGUGUACUCCCGGGGCCAUGCUAUUCACUAGCGUUAAUAGUUCGUCACUUACCCCGUUACAAGUAUUUGGAGUUGCCUAUGCCUACUUACAUGGAUACAUCAGUAUUUGUGUUUGCCUUUUUGGUUUCAUGGCAAACAUGGCUAACAUUAUAGUAUUGACAAGGAAAAAUAUGAUUUCAUCGACAAAUUUUAUUUUAACAUGGCUAGCUAUAGCGGAUUUAUUUACAAUGCUUGAUUACUUCCCUUUUGCAGUGCAUUUUUACAUCCUGAAAGAUGUGGAUUUACCCCCAUUGUACACUCGAGGCUACGGUUGGAUUUGUUUUCUUCUGUUCCAUGGCAGCUUCAGCAUUUGUUGUCACACAAUAGCAAUAUGGCUGACAAUAGCUCUGGCUAUUUUUAGAUUUUUGUAUAUAUGGUUUCCAACAAGAGGUAGCACCUUGUGUUCACUGGAUCAUGCUCAAAUCGUAAUUGUUGUAAUAAUUGUUAGUACAAUUAUUUUCACAAUACCUAACGUUAUUGCAAACGACUUUGAUUUUUUGGAUGUAUGCGAUAAAUCCAUAAAUACAACAAAUAAAAGUACUGUGAUAUCUCAAGGGGACAGGAUAUACCACUGGAAACUCCGACAAGAAAAUGCCUUCUUUCGCUUUAACGAAUCUUUAAACUUUUUUGUACAAGCCAGCCUGAUGAAGAUAAUUCCAUGUAUAAUGCUGACACUUCUGACAAUCUUGCUUGUUGUGGCCAUGCAUCGAGCAUACAAAAGACGAAUGGCUUUAAAGAACAAGGGUAAGAAAGAGGACACGGACAAGCACAAUGAACACAACCGCACUACGUUAAUGUUGCUAGCAGUUGUGGUUUUGUUCCUAAUUACAGAACUACCACAAGGUAUCAUGACAAUUCUCAACAUAGUUGAUAUUGAAAGAUUUUACGAAAGUGUUUAUAUGCCUCUCGGUGACUUAUUUGACAUUACGGCAUUGUGUAAUAACGCGAUUAAUUUUGUCUUAUACUGUACGAUGAGCACACAAUUCAGAGAAACUUUUCGUCAAACAUUCUGUAGUUGUUGCCCAAAAAUUCGUCCAGGAUGGAGAAAAAUGGGUGUGGCACACGCUGAAAGGAAUGGAGCUACAGUUACAACUACUCAUGUAUAAUUAUAGAAGUUUUUCCGUCAUUUAAAAUUACAACAAAUAUUUUGACACAUGAAUUUUUCAGCAUUUGUGAGCAAAGACAAAAAUGGUCGUGACUGCAUAGAUUUAUAAUUGUUUACAUUAAAUGCAUAUUUUUGCCUCAAACCGGUCACAACCCUCUUUGUAUAUAUUAUUAAUAUGUCGCUAAAACCGAAUAAGUACAUGUAUAGGCAUUUUAUUUUCGAGAAAUUCGUUAAAUACAGAAAAUUUCUAUGGAUAUGCUAAAAUAAUUUUAAUUUUUUUUUGUAAACCAAACAAGAUAACAAGACACCAGGAACUACUCUGGUGGGGACAAGAGAUCGGUGUAUAUGUACUUUAUACAGAACAGGUUCGACAUAACACCCUCAUCUGUCCUUUAUACAGAAUAGGUUCGACAUAACACCCCCAUCUGUCCUUUAUACAGAACAGGUUCGACAUAAUACCCCAUCUGUCCUUUAUACAGAACAGGUUCGACGUAACACCCCAUCUGUCCUUUAUAAAGAACAGGUUCGACAUAACACCCCCAUCUGUCCUUUAUACAGAACAGGUUCGACAUAACACCCCCAUCUGUCCUUUAUACAGAACAGGUUCGACAUAACACCCCCAUCUGUCCUUUAUAUUUAACCGUCACGUACUUUUCAUUUUUGUGUUAUAAAAAUGAAAGCAACAUAUAGUAAAUGAUCGAGCACUGUGUAGAAGGUUAUAUCCACACUCAUCUGUUAUUAUACGUCACCUUUAAUGAUUAGAUAAGUAUAUUAGUUGUUUCUCUUUUAACCACUGUUCUUAAAGGGUGGUCAAUCUAUUUUACAUAUUUAUUAUUUACUGAUCUGUCGACUUAUGGCUUGAGAAUGUGAUAAAAUAAUUUCAAUCAAAAGAAAUAUUCAAAAUAGAAUGUAGUUGAUCAUCUAUCCGUGAACUAGAACUCUGAAUAUAUCUACAGAUGUUGCUACAAACCAACUUCAAAACUAUUUUAUACUAAAAUACUUCUGUUUCAAGAUUACCAAAAUUACAGACUUUAUUAUAAUUACAAGUUACACAUUUAAUUUAUUUUCAAAUAUAUAUUAAAACUAUUCUUUAUUUUAUAUUUAUUAUCAUUAUCUUUGUUUUUUUGAAAAGUGAAAAUAAAACGAAUUUAUACCGGUAAACAAUGUCAAAUAUGCAAUAGUGUAGAUUCAUGUUAACUUUUCUUUGUCAAAGUCUUUUAGCGUGAAUAACUAAGAUAUUUGUUUAAGUAUUAGAUACACCUUGGGAUCGUUAGCUCCGAAUGGGUGUAUCUAAUUUACACAAAGAUAUUAUUGUCAAUGUAGAAUGAUAGUUUUCAAUAAUUUUGAAGAGGAAUUCUCAGCGAUUUGAUAAUAUGUUAUUGAAAAGCAUGAUAAAUGCAGGGUACCUGAUUUCAUUUAUCGACAUCUUGGUGAUAGUAUUACAAUAGGUAAUUGACCAAUACACGUUAAGAAGUAGAAAGUUAAAGUAAUUUUCAGGUUAAAGCUUAUAACUUUGCACAUAAACUGUUUACCCGAUAUUAUUCCCGCACACUUUUGGCAUCAAGUUGUUAUGGCAAAUUGCAGACGUUGAAAAUGUAAGAUUCUUUUUGCUCAUACAUUUAGUUUAUAAAUCAGUUAGGCUAUUGUACUUAAUUCAGUACAUUGUAGUUUUGUGCCUUGCAAAAUCCUGCAACCUAUUGGCUGUAAAAUAUAACUUUAUAGCUUAUAAAACUAAUGUAAGUAUUAAUCAUUCUCUACUGAUGUAUCAUAUACAUGUUAUUUCUUUUCAAAUAUUUAUAAAUGUGGUUAAAAAUAUUAACCUAAAUGCUACGCACAAGCCUUACAAUGCACAUAUAGAUUGAUAUCUUUCCAUCAAAUCGUUUCGGGGGUUUCUUUUUAGUUCUCAGGAGUUUUAAAUGCAGGAUUGAUUGGAAUAGCUAUGUUUAGAUAAUACAUUAUUUUGCAUAAACCAGAAUUGUAUAUAAUCGUAUUUGCUGUUGUCGUAGUGGUGCCUUGAUAAUAAGUAAUAUAAGUUAACAUCCCAGUGAAGAAUUUUGAUUACUUUGUAAAUUUAUAAACUAUACAGCGUAAAUAAUCUUGAUAAGUUUAGUUAGUUAUAAUAAUUAAAAAGAAAAGGCUUUGUUUUUUAUAUUGAAGAUAUUAGUUAGACGUGCAUAGGGAAUUUGCUUCGAAUCAUGUAAAAUACUAUGUCUUUUAAUAUGUCAAAAUUAUUAUUAUAAAAGAGGUGUGUUAAAAAAUCUUAAUAGAUUUAGAAGUUGAAUCAUCCUAUCAUCUUCAUGAAACCUUUGUUAAAUCCAUUCUGAUAAGUUGAAAUCUAAAUCCUUGUUCGAACAGAUAUAGAAAUUCAAAUUAAAAACGUAUUUUGCAUUUUAAAAAAUAGCCCUCGAAAUUAAGCCUGAACUAUUUGUCACUGGACGUUAAAGAAAAAAAAAACCAAUCAAUUCCAAACAAUCAUGUUUAUUUACAAUUGUUAAAUAUCACAGGAAUUUCAAGUUACUAACUUUGAUUCCACUAAUCUAAUCUUACACCGGUCGACCUGAUCACAUUUGAAAAAAAUCACUUUUGAUAUUACGUCAAAUAUUUUAUUAUUAUGUGAUUUUUAUAACUUCGUAACAGUAGAUCAAUGAUCAGUUGCAAUGAAUAACUUGGUAAACAACGUCCAAAUGCAACUUCAAAACUGGGUUACAAAAAUAUAAGGCACUGUUCGUGUUGAUUACAAAAAUGCAAAUGAUUUUAGGCAUAUUGAAUAUUGAUUCAUUUAACAAAAUAAUUUCAGCAGAUGUAAGAUUUAAUCAAGAAUGAAGGACAUAUACGAGUGGCACUAAUAUUCAAGAUUAUCCAAUUCAGAUAAAUAGAUUUUUCACAAAAUGACCGUUAAACAAUAAAGUAAGGAAGUUGACACAGUGGAAGUUUCUAAAAUAUCAUUUAUUUUUGUAUGAUUUUCUUUCUUUUAUAGGCUAACACAAGUUAAGGAUAUUAUUAAGAUUUAUCUGUUUUAUUUUGUGUGCAGUUUCUCUUAGAAAAGACAACAUUAUAAAUAACAAUUUGAUUCCUAGUUAAUAAAAGGAGAUGUUGGGCAUACUUCUGUAAUAUAUAGACACACAAGGACAACCAAAUCUAUGUGUAGAUAGUAGAUGACUAAUGUGAAUUAAACGGCAUCACACAAAAGCUAUAGUUCAUGUUUAUAUCUUGUAUUAAACCUUUUGAACAUAUAUCUUGUUACGAUUCUUUUCUUAUUGGAAUGAUCUGUUACUGGUAGUUAUAUUUCAAUGCUCUGACUAUUAAAUGCGACAAACAUUUUAUCAAUUCUACUUACAUGUACAGACAGGUUCAAAAGCUGCCAAAUUAAUUGAAAAAUAAGGUAUUAUUUAGAUAUAUCGCAAUAUUGAAGUUCUAUUUCUGUCCUUUAUUUUCAGAAUAUAUAAAACGUUUAAGCAUGAAAAAUGUCUGUAUUCUUUUAAAGUAAAAGAUUGAAACCUUUAUGCAGAAACUUUUAUAUUUUCUGUUUGCCAGUCUUUACUGUGUAUAUUAUAAUAGUGUAUUCACUGUAGAAAUAUCCAUAAUUAAUAUCAUUCUAUUUCAAGAUUACAAACACAUAUUCGAAUGUAUCACACAAAUAUUUUAACAACAUAUUAUUCAAAUAGUCAUGAAUUAAGCAAUAAAGAUAUUUAAAAUCG